UCGGUUUGUUUACGCUCGUUAUAAUAGCUGGUCGAAAAUCCCGCUUCGUAUACACACACACACUGGACUCGCGAUCAGUCGUCCGUCUGUCGCACAGCAAUAGUCGUGUGUCAUCAUCAUCUCAUCAUCCAACCACAGCACUCUCGAAAUGAGGUCCGAUACGUACAUCAGCAUAAACGACGAGGCGCGCCCCGUAGUAGAGGUGUCUCCCCCGGGCAGCGUUCACGAGUAUCCGAGCCCCAUCGCGGCGACCGGAGCUAUACAACGAGCCGACUCUUCGGCGCCUCGUCUGUCCGUACAGCGGGUGCAAGAGGCGACCGCCGGCGAGGAAAAUGUCGUCAGCAGUAGCGGGCUCCGUGCGAGCAGCGCCGCGUCCACGGACGAGACCGACAGCAGCAGCAUCGGCGGCAACAACAACGAAGCAGCCAAGGACGAAGCCAAGGACGAAGCCAGUGGCGGCGGCGCAGGCGGCGCUUUGAACGUCGAGAUGUCCGUCGAUUCGGCCUACUCGUGGGUAGACGAUCUGCUCCGCAUCAAGAUCGACCUGCGCGUACCCAUGCAGUCCGUGUCGAGGACCGUCGACGGGGUGAACCUCAAGCUCGUCGACUCGAAGGACAGGGUGUCGCGGCUGCAGCCGAGAUGCUUCCCGACGACGACGCCGAGGAACGAACGGCCGACGACGAUGAAACCGACGACGAACCAGCUCGAGUUCGAGUGGGACGAGUACAAGCGACGACCGUCGAUGCCGGGGAUCAAGCUAGAUGUCAAUGUCAAGGGGGACGCGGCGGAGGAGGUGCCUGCGAAGCCGCCGAGGCAACAGACUACACCCGAACCACCCGUCAGUCAACUCAGCCAGGAGGCAAACAGGCGGACAGUCCGAGAGGAGGCUCCGCGAAGGACGAGUGGAUUUGUUUUGGAGGACAUAGAGAAGAUGCUCGGCAUCAUUCCCCGGGUGGAGAAGCCGUCUCUCCUCGAUAAACCAGGGCCCGUCGGCGCUUUCGCUCAGACGAGUAACUUUGUCAUGAACGAGCCGCUCAAGAAGAUGGUAGAAAAACAGAAGCAGAUACGCGACGAAGCACGAGCAACGUCGUCGCGUCCAGCAUCGGCAGGGCCGGCAGUAGCGGCAUCGGUACCAGUCCCCGAGGCCUUCCGCGACCGCUGGAUCUCGCGAGCGACCUCGACGACGACCUCGACGAUGACGACGACCUCGACGACGACGACGACGACGUUGACGACGUCGACGACGAGGAUGACGAGCUCGAAUCAGAGCGACCCGCCGUCGUACUCGACCUGCGUCUCGCAAAACGACCACCUCGCCCGGGACCAGCAACAACAACGACCCGCCCUGAUUCAUUACGCGCCACCGUCGUACAGCGCGGCCGUCACCCAGCAGUUCCAGCAGCAGCUGCAAAACUCCAAGGAGUCGUUCGUCUCGCUGCUGGAGCAUCGCAGGUCAACCAGCACCAGCAGCAGCAACAAUGGUGCGGAAACCGAGACGAGGAGUUCGACUUGGAACUUGGCUUCCUUCCUAAAACCGCCGCGAAUGUCGCCCAGGCCCAUGAUAAGCCCCAGUGCACCUCCCUACCCGGCCAAUCCGGAGGCCGAAUUCUACAACAAGUUGAUCGAAACAGCGAUGAAAGGCGCCGGGCCGUUCGCCAAUCAGCUCGACAUCAAGGACGUUUUGGCCAGGACAACGACCUUUCCACUCAUGCCCGAGCCUUGGGUACCGCGUCCGAUGCGCCCUUACGUAAUCGGCAACGAGGAGCCGUAUCGAGGCCCGGAAACGGCGACCGAGUACAUGGACCAAGUCCGAUCGAGCCGCGCGCCGGUGGCCGCGGUGCCGGCCCAGCAGCGUACCACCACCGCCGCCGCCCAGCAGCAACCCAGGAUGACGGCCGACGAGCUCGCGGCGUGCUGGGAGGACCUGGGAGCCACCGUGGCGAGACCGCCCGCGCCGCGCACGCCCAACCCCUCCGAGCUGCGAGUCGAAACGAGCCACCAAAGGAUCGACUACGGUCUGCGAGUCCGUCGCGAUUCGGCCGGUGCCGAGCGCAGCGAGUGGGAUCUGCGAAUCGAGCCUGAGCUGGGUGCCGCCGCCGCUGCCCGACGUGGCCCUCCUACCGCUUCCCCGCGAAGAAGAAACGAGCUCCAAUUGGAUCCGUCCGUCGUCACUGACCUCGGAAUGGACCUGAGAACUUCUCUGAUGAGGGCGGGCCUGCCGGCGGACCUUCAGAAUCUCAACGAGACCGAGUACGAUCGGGCUUUGACGGAGAUGCAUAGGGUGAUGGAACGCGCCAAGGGCAUGCUGGACAAUUUGCGAAAGUAAAUGCCAAAUCCGAGAUAGCAGCCAAAGAAGAUGCAAAAGAAUAGACUGUAUUUUAAUAUAUACUGUACGCCCGCAUCGGGAUAAAAAUUUUAUUUUUUUCUAUUUCCGCGACGAGCUUCGUUUUGAUUCUUCCUCGUAUCGUACCGAGGAACAGAGUAGAUAUAAUAAUGUACAUAAACAAAAAAAUAGCAUCCAUCAUCCCGUCCAGAUGAUCGAAGAAUCGUUUCGUUGCGCCAAACGAUCGUUCUUCUUCGUAACCGUAUACGCAUCGAGUUUCUCUAUCGCCUAGGCGAUACAUUGUACAAAAAGAAAUUUUAAUUGAACAUUGAAUAACUUUGUGUAUUUUACUACGCAAACGAUAUUUUAUUAUAUUUAUAGAUAAAAAAUUUAAUGUCGCGUACUUCGUAAGCUGCAAAAGCUGUAAAAAUAUUUUAACUGCUAACUGGUAUGUUGCAAUAAACUCGAUACGACUGAA